AAAAUAGAAAAAUUGAGGGCAAGGAUUAGAGGAACGAAGGAGGGCCAGAACGGUACUUGGAAGUGUUUCAAGGAGCCACCAGAAUCACUCUUGGGGGGUUGACCAGGUACUGUACCCCCAGUACGGGGUGGCUAAACCAGACUUGUACUCUUUAUCAUGAAGACAUCCCUUUCGGUCUCUCGCGCACACUCAAGAUUGUCGUUUCCUGUUCUUCUCUCAACAACAAUGAUUUUUGCAAAACAUGGCACCUCCAAGAACCGAUAGCAAUAUCACCUUCCUUAUCUGGAAGCCAGGUACUCAGCCGGAAGAAGAAAGAAACAAGCAACUCUUCAACAGACAUCAACAUACAGCCUUGGCAAGUCACAGAAAUCGAAGAAUUCAGGCCGAUGCUUCACACACUCCAACUAGGCGGCCCGCUCGGGAGACCGUUGCGGCUAGGCCGCGGACAAAGCAUGCGGUGUCGAGGCGCUCAAACAAGAAGAAGCAAAACAAGGCGGUAAUCCCGACCUCUCCAGCUGCGGAAAAGAUUGAACCCUUCAACGCCUGCUGUAUCACUGGCAUAUCCGCCUGUGCGCAAUCGAUGCUGCAAUUCGCCAUCACUCACCAGUGGCCCGCGUAUGCAACCUCCGCCGAAAACAUGGUUGUCGACAAGUGGAAGGCGACCAGUGUCAAGAUCGCAAUCGGCGCACCUUACCUACUCCAAGCAAUCAUCUAUGCUGGCUCAUGUUAUAGGUCUUUCCUCGGUCCUCCUGGCACCAUGGUUGACCGGGUUCGAACUCAGUCUUACCACGAAACCCUGACGCUAUUGCGCACAUCGAUCCAGUCCCUGAAAGGACCCCCGCCGGACGAGUUACUACUCGCCAUAGCCAUACUGGCGAUCAACGGAGAGCCCGAUUAUAGCAACAGGCAGGCGUUGACCACUCUCGAACACUACCGAGAUAACGAAUUCUACUUUAGCAAACCCUGGGUACCGGAGCAUUUUCAUGCGCUGAUUGAGCUGACCAAGCUCAAAGGUGGGCCUCAAAACGUUGCCAUACCGUCAAUAGCAGCAAUGAUUUUCAUAAUUGAUCUGAUUGAAAGCUUCUCAACGCUGAGAAAACCCAGCUUUCCUAUCUUUCCUCCACCACACCAAAUUCUUCGUCGCCUCCUCGUGGAUAAAUCAAACACCCAGCGCGAUGAUGGGUUUCACUUCCUCUGCACAAAACGUCACGGUUUGUCAAUCUUGCGCCUCGUCAAAAGCACCCGUAACCUCCUCUUCAAUUACUCUGUGUGUCUGCAAGGACGUGGAGGAGCGGUCGAACUGGGGGAUCUUGUGUUGGCGCGUCGAGUACUGCAACACCGAGCCCUCUCACUAGAAACGAGCACGGACCAGUCGUACAUGCUCUGUCGACUCGCAUUGUCGGUUUAUCUCAUCGAAUCGCUCGUCCUCAUGCCGGCCCUUCUGCCAUUCCACGAUUGCGCCUCUCGGAAAUUGAUGCUGCUCAUCGAUGAGUGCGAUCGGCUAGACUAUUGGCGAACCAGUCCUGAUAUGAUGCUUUGGGCUACUAUACUAGGAGGAGUCACUGCUCGUGGCCGGCCUCUUAGAUGGUGGUUUGCGGAACAACUGCGAGGAAGCACAAUUCCGACGGCAAAGGGCAAUUGGCCUGAAGUGUUGAAGAUAUCAGGGCUCUUCCUACCAUUCGUAGGCCCUCAAGGCGAGGGCUGUCGGAUUUUCUGGGAGGAAGCCUGCAACUGGCUGGAUAAUGCUGGCAUGAGACCUGAUCGCGUCAAUCUUACUCUCCCGAGGAGAGAACGCCCACAAGGCUCGGACCCUGCUUGUGUGAAGAAGUCUCCCGAGUCCGAGUCCCAAACGAGCGUCUCGAAAAACUAUGCAAAAGGAGAUCCACGAAGGUCUAAAAGUCCAUGA